AUGCUGCCCGCAAGAGAGGUGGCGGCCGUGGUGCCCGAAAACGAUGCGGUCUACCGGCGGCAGCUGGUGGAGGAGAUGAGGAUGUGCGUGAAGGGGCUCGUGGCUCUGUGCCACCAAAGACAGGGCGACUGCUUGGACGACUCCACGGGCCAGGUGGACACGCUGUGCCUCACCAUGGAGAAGAUCCUGCGCCACGGCCUCAAAGACAAGAGCAACUUUUUCACGAAGAAGGACUACUUCAACUUCGUAGAGCAGCUGGCCAGGUCGCACGAAUGGGCCAGGAACGCCGUGCAGUCCGUGGCGCAGCUGUCCCACGUCAAGACUCUUCAGGGGCGAGGGAGGGCGUGGGUGUGUUUCGCGCUGGUCGAGAAGAAGCUGGAGGAGUACCUACGCGCCCUCACCGACAUGCCCGACAACGACAUGCCCUCCUGGUACGAGAGCUAUGGGCUGCUGCGGGUGCGCGAGGAAAUGGACAUGCUGCUCGCCACCCUCGCUCCCCUCAGCCUCGUCGACUUUGACAUCUGCCUAAAGGACAUCGACUUUGACAACAUCCUGCAGCAGAGAGCAUUGACGGAGGCGGCGCACGGCAUCUCCGGAGCCCGGUCCCCGCCCUCGGUGACUCCCCGCACGAAGCAGCAGUACAAGCGCCACACGGCCUACUCCUUCGAAUGCGGCCAGGAGGGCGCACACCACCCCCCGCACCAUCGCGAGGAGAACGGGGAGCCCAUGAGCCCCCACGACCCCGACGAUGACCUCGAGCCCACCAAGCACGUCGGUGGUGGGCCGGUGUCGCCCCUCUCCCAGCAGAGGCCGCCCUCUCCGUGGCGCCCGGCCCACUGGACCCAAGCCACUCUUCCUCCUCCCCACGCCUCCUCCUCCUCCUCGUUGUCGCCACCGUCGUCGCCGUCUGGGGAGGCGCCGCCUCAACUGCCGGUCUCCUUCUCCCCGCUUCCUACGCUCGAGGAGCUGCGCGCUGAAGCCGUCGGAUUUGGGGAGCGGCGAGGCUGGGGGCGCCACCAGCAGCCACAAAACCUCCUCCUCGCUCUCGUCGGGGAGGUGGGCGAAGUGAGUGAAUGCUUCCAAUGGAAGACCUGUGGAGAGGCGGCUCCCGGCUUGCCCGGUUUCACGUCGCUGGAGAAGGAACACCUGGCCGAGGAGCUCAGCGACGUGCUCAUCUACCUGCUCCUCUUGAGCGACAAAUGUGGGGUGGACCUGCCAACAGCGGCGGCCAAGAAGCUCAGAAGCAACGCACUCAAGUACCCCCUGCCCGCGGAACAGCUGCCCUUCUCGGCUCAGCCACCUGAGCAGUCCACGCCGCCCACGCCGGAGCAGAGGCUCCCUCACCACGUGGUGGUGGUGGAAGCACCGAGGAAGGAGGAGGCGGAGGCGGAGGAGUGCUGUCCGAAGGAGGAGGAGGAGGAGGAGGAGGAGGAGGAAUGCCACACCACCACCAACGCGCCAGCGUGCCCCCACACUGGUGCUGGUGUCGAGGAGCAGGCCGAAGAGAUCGAGGGCUGA